AUGGACUAUGGGACGCUGCGGUGGAUUGUCAGCGCAGCACCGGCGGCUUGGAGUGCCAUGAUGAGUCUCUCGAAGGUUGUUGCGGCCCUAUGCACGCUGUUUCCAGCAGCCGCGGUGGCAGCAGACUUCGCAUACGCCACCGUGCCGCAGACGUUCCUUUUUAGCAUCCGGUCCGCUCGCCCCUCAAUAGCAGAGGCGUCGCCAGCGCGCAACCGGACCUGCAUUGUGGAAAGCCACGGCGAUGGGGAAACUGACGACUCCGAGUUCGUCAAGGCCGCAAUCGACAGCUGCAAUCCCGACGGCCACGUCAUUUUCCCCGGCACGCAGUCGUAUUUCAUCGGCAACCCGUUGGACUUGACGCACCUAGAGCGUGUAGACCUAGACAUCCAGGCAUUUAUCAAGUUUAGCGACAACAUGACCUACUGGAGAGACGGGCACACCUAUGACAUGGACUAUCAGAACAGCACAACGUUUUUUAAAAUCGGCGGCACGGACGUGAAUGUGUACGGAGGCGGCGUCAUCGAUGGGAAUGGCCAGAAGUGGUGGGAUUGGUAUCCUGAACACAAGAAGGACCGGCGGCCUGUGCUCCUCAUGACGGAUGACAUGCACGGCGGCACGAUUUCGGACAUCAGCUUGAACAAUUCGCCGAUGUGGACAAACUUCGUCGCCAACUCGACCGAUGUGACCUUUACGAACAUCUCCAUCUGGGCGGUGAGCAAUAACGAGUUUUUCGAGAAGAACACCGACGGGUGGGACAUCUAUCGAUCCGAUCGAAUCACCAUUCAAAACUCGAGUGUCACAAAUGGGGAUGACUGUGUGUCCUUCAAACCGAAUUCAACCAACAUACUGGUCCAAAAUAUGCGCUGCAACGGCACCCACGGGAUCUCCAUCGGCAGCCUGGGCCAGUACCCGGAGAGGCUCGACUACGUGCAGAACAUCACCGUCAUCAACGCGGCCAUGUACAACUCGUCAGAAGGCGCGCGCAUCAAGGUCUGGCCAGACGCAUACUCCGAGAAGAGCGGCACCCUCUCCGGCGGCGGGGGCGGGGGCCUCGUCCAGAACGUGACGUACGACACGAUGUGGCUAGACAAUGUGGACUACGGCCUCACGAUCACGCAAUGCUACGGCCAGGACGACGAGGAGGAGUGCUUCAAGCACCCUUCCAAGCUCAAGAUCACCGACGUCACCUUCCGCAACGUCCGCGGAAGAUCGAACCGCGUCUUUUCGCCCAUCGUGGGGCAUCUUGUUUGCUCGAGCCCCGACACUUGUUCGAAUAUUGUGGCCGAGAACAUUGACAUCCGGACCAUCAACGGGAGCAACUUGGUCACUUGCAGAAAUUUGGACAGGUCGUUGCUGGACCUGAACUGUAGUGACUGGAGCAAGGAGGUAUUCGGGAACGUCCGGGUAGUGUUCCUUGAGAAAGGUGACCACGUACUCGGGCGAAACCUUGUUUGA